AUGGAAGUGCUGAAGUCACCCACGAUUUGGGAAUCUGCUAGUCGGCCGCUUUUCGUGCGCUCAAUCUGGUUGGAGGCGCAAAAAACUGGUCGUGCCGGCCCGCAACGUCACUUCAUAUUGGACUACGAACCGGGACAGAGGCGUGUGCAAUCCAAGUCAGCAUUGAGCAGUGGGCGAAAUAAGGUGCAUGCUACACUUCAACAUUCUAAAUCGUAUGAUUUUGUUGGUGAUUGGCAAAAUCAUAACUCGUGCGGGUUCGUGGAAGAUUGCCCAACGGAUUUGUUGCUCAUCGUGCCUGCCAAAGUGGAACCCUUACCCACUGCGACAGCGGCGUCUUCAGUUCAUCCGCAGACACAGCAGUCACAAUUAAAAUUCCCAGCGAAGCCAUUACUGCCGUCAAAUCGCGCCACUCAAAGACGAUCCACUUUUUUCUUUCGAAAUCACGCGCCUCGUCGUGGACCACUUCAUGAACUUUAUGAGCUUUAUUCGCGUCACAGUUCACUACAAGACCUCCAAUCGACACUUUCCCAAGUGAACUCACAUGCAGACGAGCGUUUGGCGGAACGUGUACUAAACUGGCUGGAUUUGGCUGGCAAACGUAUUGAUACCCAUCAAACAAAACCUGUGGAUGUCAUUGAGAUGGUGAAGCGAUCAAAGAAGGUGUCAGCGAAAGUCACACCGUCGCAAGCACCGUCGCAGGUGUCUAGUUCGAUUACUAGCACCAGAAAAACCCACCGGCCAAUAACUACACGGGCACAAUCACUCACACAAAUACAAGCUGUUGCUCCACAGCCAUCUACCGCUGCGUCACGUGGUCGCAAACAUGUACGCUAUGCGAGUGCAAUGCGGGCGGAAGAAACUCCUAUCCACACCACUCAGAUGGUGCAGUCUCGAACCACCGAUCCCGUUAAGCACAUUACAAUAAUUUUCGAUCAUGAAGGUGUGCCGGUGCGUUUCAAUCGUCCCGUGCGCAAUAUUGAUUUAAGUGCCCUGAGCACCAGUCCGGCUACAGUUCGUCGCUUGACUGGAUCACUAUCGUCUGCACGUCUCUACUCUGAGGCGGAGAAGCCUGCAUCCAACCAGCCAGCAAAAACUAAACUACCAAAAUCGCGUCCAUCUACCGAUGUGGAGUAUGGCGCUUAUGGGGCGAAAGCUACCCUUAAGCGGCCACAUGAUGCGGGAAUCUUUGAUGCCAAAAAACAGUUGCACAUCUUUAUGCCGAAUUUGAUGAAGAAGGAUCUGUUAACGGCUGUCGGUGCAAAUGCCAGUGGUUGUGACAGCGUAGAUGAUACCUUAAGUGGGUUGAGCAAUACGUUCAGCGAGUUUUGUAAAAUUUAGUGUA